AUGCUGGUCACUUGGGUCACAUAUAUUCAAGCAUUCCUAAUACUGCUGGUGAAAGGAGCCGACCAAUGGAGCUUCCGGGAGUCCUCUAACUGCGAGCUAAAAAGGAAAGUAAGUUCCCUAAUAUCACUUCCACUUGAAUAUAAUUAAUGUCUUAGCCAAACAUCUAAGUAAAUUAUGUUUUUUUUUUUUUUCAACAACAACAAACAAAUCUCCAAUGGAACUAGGAUUUGAGUAUCUGAAUGUCCACUGUCCAGUUUUAGCCUAUAUGAUUCUUCUUCAUUCACUUUUCAUUUACAACAUUGGUUGUUCUAGAGGCUAGUUCAUUCAUCCGCGAGUGUAGCCUAAUCCACAAAUAGGUGUUACCCUCUAAAAGUAGGUCUAAAUGUUCCAUAUCCUCUAAGAGCGCAGAUCAUUUCGGAGGUCUAUUGUGUGAGUCUAGUGCGCUGUGAAGUGUUCUGUUGAUAAGGCAUUAUCAGUCCAUUAACGAGCAUCAAAUAGCCUAUCGCAUUUAGAAUCAACAGUCUCGGUCAAUUUAAAUAGCUCCAUGUUUACACUGUCUAUUUGCGUAUGGAUGAUAACUAGCAGUUAUUUCUGGUUACUGCGAGUCUGUUUUUAGACCAGCCAGCUAUUAAAAUGGUUUGUUUGUCCAUGUCUUUGUUUAACAUUAGUGACAUAUUUGGUGAAUGACAUCACACACACAUGCACACAAACACACACACACACACAUUGUAUAUGUGCAUUAGGGGACAUAAGGUUUUGAACAUGAAUAUGGUUUUUAUAGCCUAGUAAUAAUAACUCAUUCACUCUUCUUUUCUUUUCCAAUUUUCCGCGUCGGCAGCAAAGUGAUCUGAACUCUUUCCUGUGGACCAUCAAACGCAACCCUCCGUCCUACUUCUACGGCACCAUCCACGUCCCUUACACUCGCGUCUGGGACUUUAUCCCGGAGAACUCCAAGAAGGCUUUCCAGGAGAGCAACAUGGUGUACUUGGAGCUGGAUCUAACUGACCCGUACACCAUCUCAGCCCUGACCAGCUGCCAGCUCCUUCCCCAGGGGGGAACCCUACAGGACGUUCUACCCAGGGACAUCUACAGACGCCUCAAGAGGCACUUGGAGUACGUCAAGCUCAUGAUGCCGUCCUGGAUGACUCCGGACCAGAGGGGUAAAGGUCUCUACGCUGACUACCUGUUCAAUGCGAUAGCGGGGAACUGGGAGAGGAAGAGGCCCGUGUGGGUGAUGUUGAUGGUGAACUCAUUGACGGAGGCGGACGUUAAGACAAGGGGGGUCCCGGUGUUGGAUCUGUACCUGGCCCAGGAGGCAGAGAGGAUGGGGAAGAGGACAGGAGCCGUGGAGAAG